GCGAGGCUCAUUAGCUACCGUCAUACGUCUCUUCCUUUUACCCUGUUGAUUUGCUUUAUCACUACAGCCAGGGAUUGUGUGCAAUACACCCAAAUUGAAUUCUGAUUAUAUGCGCAUGCAAGAAAUGCUAGAAAAAGAUCCAGGUUCAUACCCUUUCAAUGAGAUAAUCUAUUGCAACCUUAGCAAUCCACAUUCCCUUGGACAACAGCCAAAUAAGUUCUUCCACGAGGUUCUUGCCUUGUGUGAUUACCCACAUCUUCUACACUGGAGUGUAACUAAUUCCAUAUUCAGUUCUGACGCAAUAGCAAGGGCAAGGGAGAUUCUAGAUCUCAUUCCUGGGAGAGCAACAGGAGGAUACAGUCACUGUCAGGGUACUGAAGGUCUGCGCAAUACAAUUGCUGUUGGAAUAGCCUCUCGUGAUGGUUUCCCGUGUUACGCAGAGGACAUUUUCCUAACAGAUGGAGCGGCCCCACCGGUUCAUAUGGUAAUGCAACUAUUGAUACGAGGUGAAAAAGAUGGCAUCCUUUGCCCAGUUCCAUCACACUUUCUGUACACAAGUUCCAUGGUGCUGUGUGGUGCAACUCUUGUACCAUAUUAUCUUGACGAGUCUGGAGGUUGGAGUGUGAGCAUUUCAGACCUGAAGAAGCACCUGGAUGCUGGCCGAUCUGAGGGCAUCACCGUUAGGGGACUUGUGGUUGUAAAUCCAGGCAACCCUACUGGACAGGUUCUCGUGGGGGGAAACCAGUGUGAAAUAGUGGAAUUCUGCAGGAGUGAAAACCUUGUUCUUAUAGCAGAUGAGGUUUACCAAGAAAAUGUUUACACAGAUGAAAAGAAAUUUAACUCUUUCAAGAAGAUAGCACGGUCCAUGGGUUACGGGGAAGGAGAUAUAUCUCUUAUAUCGUUCCAUUCGGUUUCUAAUGGGUAUUAUGGAGAAUGUGGGAGAAGGGGGGGUUACAUGGAGGUCACUGGCUUCAAUUCUGAAGUUCGGAAACAAGUAUAUAAAGUGGCAUCCCUAAGUGCAUGCUCCAACAUCUCCGGCCAGAUCCUCAUGAGCCUAGCCAUGAACCCACCAAUGGUUGGAGAUGAGUCAUACACCUUUUACCAGGAAGAAAGGGGUCGCAUCAUAUUAUUAUUAUCUCAGUGUGCAGAGGCCAUGGUGCAGACAUUCAACAGCUUCGAAGGCAUGACUUGCAGCAAGGCUGAAGGAGCAAUGUUUGUAUUCCCAUCUGUUCGACUGACUAAAAAGGCUAUUGCAGCUGCUGAGGCAAUGAACACAAAACCAGAUGUGUUCUACGCUCUCCGCCUUCUUGAAAGCACUGGGAUUGUUGUUUUGCCUGGUUCUGUGUUUGGACAAGUACCUGGCACAUGGCAUUUCAGAUGCACAAUCCUGCAACCGGAGGAGAAAGUACAACUGUUCAUCUAUCGCUUUAAGGCAUUCCAUGAAGCUUUUAUGGGAGAAUUUCACGAUUAAAAGUCCAUCUUAUUGUAUGUGUAGCAGAACUUAGA